GCACCACAAUUUUCCCUUAACCCAAAGUCUCUUGCAUUGAGCUAACAACUAGUCGCUAUAUUUUCUCGUAUCAACAACUAUCUUUCUCAAACAAAAUGGGUUGGACAAGAGAAGAGAACAUGCGUUUUGAGGAUGCUCUUGCGGUGUACGGUCCAGAAGAUCCCAACCGGUGGCAAAAAGUGGCAAACGCUGUUGGUGGAAAAUCAGUAAAAGAGGUUAAAAUGCACUAUGAGAUCCUUAUGGAAGAUGUCACUCGAAUAGAGCGUGAUCAAAUCCCACUACCCAUUUACAGGGGGGGUGCUGCUAUCAAUUUCAAAGGAACUCAAUUUGUCGAUCACCAAAUUAGCAAGCGAAUGAGGAAUCUGAAUAUCCGUUAAAGCAAAGACUAAUAGAGCUGUGGAGCUACUGUUUUUCAAUUAAUUUAUGUUAAUGUACUGCUCUGUAUUUAUUAUUUGAGUAAUUUCAUGUUAUUUUCACCCAAAUGUAAUUUGUAACAAAUAUUUUAUGUCAAAAUGAAAUUUUAGGCCCAAUUUAUUUUGUGAAAA